CAAAGUCAAUCAUCUGAGCGGCAGGUCGCAACGACCGUGAAUCUGACGAACGUCCCGUGUCGCUCUCAGUGGGACAUCACUUCGCGCUUCGUGCACUUCCGCCCUCCUUGUAUCGCGAUCGUCUGUUCCGAACGUACGAUAUUACAUAUCCAUUGUGUUUAUAAUGAAACUGUCGUAGAUUUUUUGGGAUGCGAUACUAUAAGUGAAGGCACGAGUCACGAUAGGACUACAAUGUAGAACUGUUAACCCGGCGGAGGACAAUGAAAGAGGGCGGUCGCGAGGAAGAGCCGACCAACGCGGCGGAGGCGACGCCGAGUAUGCGCACCGAACACACCUGCUGUUGCCUCGGCGUGUUGGUGGGCGUCUCUCUCAUCGCCGCCCUCGUAGCAGUGAUCCUGAUGAAGGACAAUACAGUCGAAGUCACAAUACUGCGACAAGUCCACGUGCUAAUGUCUCAUGGAGAGCGAACGCCUAGCGAGCGUGAGUUGGCAAUGCUCGGAGCGCCACCACCGGACCACGUAUUUGUCCCUUACGGCGCUGGAGCCUUGACUAAUGAAGGAAAGUUAUUAACCUUCGAAAUGGGCGCAUUACUUAGAAAGAGAUAUAACGACUUCUUAGGACCUUAUUACGAAGCUGAGAAAAGUAUAGUGAUAGCAUCCGAUACGAAUCUCAGCAAGAUGACCGCGCUGCUGAUAGCAGCCGGGCUAUGGCCACCGCCGCCGAAUCAAAUUUGGAAUAACACUAUGAACUGGCAGCCCGUGCCUUAUACUUAUCCGCCGCGGACUGAAGACUAUCUUCUUUAUGACGAAAAUUGUCCACGGUACAGCCAAGAGAAAGGGAGGUUGUUAAAAGCAUUUUCCGAGGAAGGUUUACUGAUACCGUAUCGAGAUCUUUUCCACAAGAUAGCACACAUGACCGGGACUAACUUCAGUACACCUCAAGAUGCGUACAAUUUAAACAACUUAUUUGUAAUACAAGAUGACAUAAAAGUUGCUAAUCCAAAAUGGGCGAAGCACGUGAAAAGAAAGUUGAUGGACGUCGCCAGGUUGGAAUACACAAUGAUGUUUCAUAAUAACCUACUGAGGAAACUCAGCGGAGGUGCACUACUGCAACAGAUAAUAAAAGAAGCCGUGUUAAACACAAAAGAUCCAUCGAGCCCUAAAGCGAUAGUUCGCAUCGGUACACCCAUGUCCGUGGCAGCUCUGCUGGCGGCGUGUGUCGCGCCGCCGCCCCGCCUGCCCGACCCCGGCGCCGCGCUAUUGUUCGAAUUACACGAAAAGCAACCUCCGAAACAAGGGAACAAGGAACAAAAUGCUUUGACCCAUGGACAAAGAUUUGGAUUUAAAAUCUUCUACUGGGAUGACGACUCAGCGGAGCCUCGUUUAAUGGAAGUUCCCGGGUGUAACGCGUUGUGCCCCCUCGACACAUUCACGGAGAUAACAAAAUAUAUUGUGUCAUACGACUAUAAGAAAGACUGCAAAAUUGUUCCUACGAUAUGACUACAUGACUCAUAUAAAAAGUGAUUAAAGUGUUUUAUAACUUAAGACAAGUCUUAAGACGAGAUAUUUUUGUUUAGAAAAAUAGAUAUGUAAUAAUAAUGUUUUAAUGCGCAUACCAAUUUAUUCCAUUUACAUAUUAAGAAAAGUACUAUAUUUUUCGGCUAACUCUAAUGUGACUUCAUUGUGGU